AUGGGAGGCCGCCUGCAGCAGCUGCCGGACGCAGGCACGCUGUACUCUGUGGGAAUGGGGCCCCUGGAGCUGUGCAGCUGGGCAGUCCUGAUUGUGGCAGCAGGAUGGAGGGGAGGGGAGGAGAAGCGGGAGGAGGCCACGGUGUCUGAACAGAAUUCUGUCACGGAUGUAGAAAGAGCCUCCCUGAGGACUUGUAAGAAAAAGUCAGAGCAGGGGCUGGCUCUCUCCGCCCAGAGACAACCUUCUAGAAGCUUUGCCCUUGAGUUACGCAGAGGUGUCCUUGCCAGGCUCUUAGCAGGUUGCUGCGGACAUGUCUGGCAAGACAAAGGUGACCGGCUUGUUCCUGUUUUCUCGGGAUUGCCCAGUUUUAGCAAUGAAAGUCCCAUGUCACAGGAAACCGCUCAGUCCUGGACAAAUCGAGAUGACAUUUUCUAUGCAUAUGCAAGCAUGUCACCAGGAGCAGAACACAGAGGAACAACACAGCUUUUGCGCUUCCAGCUGGCUCCCAUCAAGAAGUUAGAAGGGAGCCUGCAAACACGUUUUCUGCUAUCAUCUCUCCACCCUAGAAUGACUUUCCCUGGUAGAACUGGGGAAGGGGAGACGAGCAGCAGGCCCCGGAGGUCCUGGGCAGGAAUAUUAAUACCCCAACUUCCCAGCACAACAGGAGGGAGGAGGAGCGGCCAUGGCACAGUCAGGUCCUGGGGGCCCUGGAAGGUGGUUGCUGAACAGCUCGUGGGAGGCACGGAUCCUCCAGCUCACGGCGGCAGGGGCCGCCCAAGUCCUAAUGAAAACAUCUAGCUCCUGGCAGGGCGCAGCCGACACAUCGCCCGGCC